AACUAGUGGUAUUAAAUGUUCAUCACGUGACACUGAAGAGUUUGGAGGAAAGUUCAUUGCUGUAACGGGAACGUUAUAUUGUGAUUCUCAAGAAAAUGGGGGAAACAAUCAUCACAAGAUGAAUUUCGACGGACAAAAUGACUUAAAUAUGUGAACAGGCGUGGACAUGGAUGUUAUCGGGGAAGAUCAAGCUCUGCAGGCCGUCCUAGGUAGCUACUCUGACUUCUUCAUGCUACCUCUAGGCAAGUCUCAAGCAUUUGAUCUUAUCUUUGAGAAUGAUUCUCAUGAUUUUGGAACUCAAGCGGAAUGCCAGAAUCCUCUUAGCUCUCAUCCUCAGGCUUUUGAUCUCUAUGAGGUCUACAAAAGUAUGUACGCUCGUUGGGUUGGGCAAAAAACUGGACGAUGCAGUCGGUAUGCUUGUCCAAAGGGAUAUCACAGCUCUUUACAGCAGGAGGAAAUAGUUGCGUGUUCAGAGACAGUCACGGAGAUCCGCCGCCAGCUGCACAGAGAAUGGCAGUUAACGAACCCCAAGCCCAAUUCCGCCCAGGUCUAA